GCAGAACUAGGAACACGCUUAUUGUCAUUUUUAGCUGUGACUUGCAUAAAUUAGAUUACAAUCUGCAAUAUGCGAAAUACAUUAAGGAUUGUUACUUAUUGUUUUUUUUCUUCCCCUCUUUCUUUCUUAUCUCUACAUUCCCAUACUUUUAUAUUCCCCUCCCUCUCCCCUCUCGCAAUAGAUUUAAUAUUAAUAGAUGACAUUACGUAGAAAAGCGAUUGACUUCAAUGAACAUUUUUCACAAUUAAUAGAAAUGCUCAAUGGCAUCUUUGCUUUUAAUUCAAAACAACAACAAAUUAAAGGCAUGACUAUGUACCAAGUGGUUUAUGAUAUGUGUAUAGCAAUACCAAGGCCUUUUACAGAAAAGGUAUUUAUUGGCAUUGCUGAAUACCUUGACCAACAUACAUUAAAUGAAUGCAAAAGAAUUUUAAAACACGACGAUAUCGUUACUACAUAUGCAAGGGCAUUUAAACAGUUUGCUUUAGCAGCUGAGUAUAUGUCUCGCGGAUGUUGCUAUCUAGAUCGUAUUAUUACUUCUCCUGCUUAUAGUACAAACGGUCGUAGUCAAAGCGGUCACCAAAAUUAUCUCUCUAGCGGUAAAUAUAAAAGACAACAUGUUGAAGCUCUUGCAUUACAAUUAUGGAAAUCCAAUGUAUUAUUCAUAAUUCGUGACCGUUAUCAAAACAAGUUGUUUUAUCAAGUAUUUGAGCUUAUCCGACAAGAUCGUGAUGGGGAAGAUGAUGCUCCACAUAGUAUUAUUAAGACUGUAGUAACAUCACUUGUACAAGUAAACAGUUUUACAGAACAGCCUCUGCAACUUUAUAUUGAAGAGUUUGAGAGACCUUAUUUGGUACAUACAAAACGAUAUUAUGAAGCAGAAGCGGCACAUGAAAUUGCAUCAGGGAACAUGAGUCGUUUUAUGAAAAAUGCAUAUCAACGUCUCGAACAAGAAAUCACAAGAAAUAAUCAAUAUUGUCACUCUACUUCUCAUAGCCGUAUUGUGAGGGAAUUUGAAGCUCAAUAUAUCGCUGCUUAUCAAGAUCGAAUCAUUGAUGAAUUUGGAAACAUGCUAGAAAAUGAACAGUUUUCCGAUUGUACUUUAGCAUACAAGUUAUUAAAUAGAAUUCCAUCAGGGUUAAAGCCUAUUUUAGCAAUCUAUGAAGACUAUGUAGCAAAGCUUGGAACGGAAAUUUUAUCAGCAUUAGGCUCAUCAGUAACAAAGAACCCUAAAGCUUAUGUUGAUCAGUUAAUUGCUUUACAUACAAAAUACUAUCAAGUCAACCAUCAAGUAUUUUUAUCAGAACCUUCUUUUACAGCAGCAGUAGAUAAAGCAUUUCGAAGAAUUAUAAAUGAAAGUAAUCAUAAUGAUAAUAAGACAAAUCUAAAUGGUAGCAAUUGUAAUGCAUUCCUUUUGAAUAGUCCUGAAAUAUUGGCUCGUUAUUGUGAUAUGAUGUUGAAGAAGAGCGCAGGUAGAAAAGAAAUGCAAUCAAGUAAUGCAACUAAUGGCAAUAAUAUCAAAAGAAAGGGUUUAAUAAAGAAGCCGAUAAUUGAUAUAGAUGAAAGUGAUCAAGAAGAGAAACUGAUAAAGAUGAUUACUUUGUUUAAUUAUGUGGAUGAUAAAGACGUUUUUCAAAAGUUUUAUUCAAGGAUGUUGGCAAAACGUCUUAUCUAUAACUCUUCGUUAUCUGAAGAGUUGGAAAUAAAUAUGAUAAAUCGACUUAAAGAAAUAUGUGGUGUUGAAUAUACAAGCAAAUUAAACAAAAUGUUUACUGAUAUAUCAUUAAGCAGUGAACUGAAUGCAAAAUAUAAGACUUUUAUUAAAGAGAAAAAUAGAACUAGUCAAACAAAUAUGGAGAUGUUGGUAUUAACAGCAGGCGCCUGGCCAUUAAAUCAGCAAAAAGAAGAUUCAGACCUUAAUACAAAUAAAUUACAAAUUCCAAGAAUGCUGGAAGUCAGUAUUUCAUCAUUUGAACAAUUUUAUAAAAACCAACAUAACGGCAGAAGAUUAUUAUGGCAAUGGAAUUUGACAAGAGGAGAAGUUAGAAUCAAUCAUCUUGAUAAAAACUACGAGAUUCAAGUUAGUUUGUAUCAAAUGAUUAUAUUACUUUUGUUUAACCAGAGUAAUAUAACGAAUAUAAAUGAAAUUACAAUUCAAUCUGGUUUAACUUUGUCAGAUGUUAUGAAAAGCAUAAAGCCACUCAUUGAUAUGCGUGUAUUAGAAACAGUGGAUGAAUUGCCCUUAACCAGCUCAAGCGAUAUAAAAGUGAAUCAAUCCUUUACAAGUAAACGAACAAAGAUUAAAGUCGCUGCAUCAUCAGCGCAAAAUGAGAUACAACAGCAAGAAAAUGUUGAAGCUAGAAAGUCUAUUGAUGAAGAUAGAAGAAUGUAUAUACAAGCAGCUAUUGUACGUAUAAUGAAAUCUCGACAAACACUACCUCAUGUACAAUUGGUACAAGAAAUUUUUGACCAAGCCAAUUCAAGGUUCUCUCCUUCCGUUAUAAUGAUUAAAAAAUGUAUUGAACAGUUACUUGAAAAGCAAUUUAUUGCAAGAAAAGAAAGAGAUACUUAUGUCUAUGUAGCUUAAAAAAAAAGGCAAUAAAGAAUUUUCAUAUAUUAACAAAAAGUGAGAAUAUCUAACUUGUAUUUUCUGGAUCUAAAUGAUUUAUAUAAAAACAUACGUGUAUAUAAAGAUACUAAUUAUAAGGUAUGUUUAUUAUUCUAUUUCUAC